AUGGCGGACGUGAGAAGGUCGGAGGAUACCUACGGGGAAAAAGUUGACCGUUGUUUGUACAACUCCCUUGUGAAUUUCGCUGGUGGUGUUGUUAUUGGUAUUGGCCUGUCAGCUUUUGUCUUCAAGCGUAAAAUGUGGCCAGUGAUCUUGGGCGGAGGUAUUGGAUCGGGGAUGGCAGUUUCUUCCUGCAGGCAUGA